ACCGCCCCGCUCCGCCGCCGCAUAAAGUGCGGGCGGCCGGCGCUUGCCCUACCGCUGCCAGCACAGACCAGCUUGCUCAGCCGAACCGAACCGAGCCAAGCCAAGCCAAGCCAAGCCAUGGACCCCCAGGACUGCACGUGUGCCGCCGGUGACUCCUGCUCCUGCGCCGGGUCCUGCAAGUGCAAGAACUGCCGCUGUCGGAGCUGCCGCAAGAGCUGCUGCUCCUGCUGCCCCGCCACCUGCAGCAACUGCGCCAAGGGCUGCAUCUGCAAGGAGCCGGCCAGCAGCAAGUGCAGCUGCUGCCACUGAGCUGCUCGCCUCCGCCUGUAAAUAGCCGGCACGCUUUGGGGACGGGGUGGGGGGGGGUGGGGGUGGGAGGCACAAAAAUGCCUAUUUUUUUCAUGAUUUUGUAUCUUCUCUACCAGUGGUGAAACUGGGUGGAAAUAAAGGAGUUUGGCUGGA